AUGCCAUCAUCCUCUACAGUAUGCCGAGACUUUGCUGUCCUGGAGGACCACACCCUGGCUCACAGCCUGCAGGAACAAGAGAUUGAGCAUCACUUGGCAUCAAACGUUCAGCGAAACCGUCUGGUUCAGCACGAUCUCCAGGUGGCUAAGCAACUCCAAGCGGAAGAUUUAAAAGCCCAGGCUCAGCUCCAGAAACGUUACAAAGACCUUGAACAGCAAGAUUGUGAAAUUGCUCAGGAAAUCCAGGAGAAGCUUACAAUUGAGGCAGAGAGACGACGCAUUCAGGAGAAGAAAGAUGAGGACAUAGCUCGCAUUUUGCAAGAAAAGGAAUUGCAGGAAGAAAAAAGGCGAAAGAAACACUUUCCAGAAUCCUCUGGAGCCAGUGCUUAUGGAGAUAGUUACUAUUAUGAAGAUGGAGACCAGCCAAGGUCAAGGAGGGCCAGGGAAUUGGGUUCUGAAUUCUGGAGGACUUGUAGAGUCAAACAUGAUGAGACGCCUGUGAAGCAGAGGAAGGAGAAACCAAAAAUCCCACUGGAUAGCUUGGAAGAACUGGAAAAUUGUUCACCAGAACAAUUCCCCUCAUCCUGUCACUGGAGCAAAACGAGGGACAGUCCACAAGUUCACACUGAGCAGCAUGAAAAGAAACGGUGCGGACGUGAGAGGCUCCAGAGGUCUCCACUUCCCAGUAUUAGUGGAGAGGUGUUUCUGAACAUUGAAGCUGAUGACGGGGAAGAUAACAGGAAACAUCGAACUCGGAAUUGGGAAAAACCAUGCCAACACCAAGACCGACUUUCACCAAAGACCUCACAGAAAGCUGGGUUUCACUGCAAGGAAGUUGUCUAUGGGAGGGAUAAUGGGCAGGGUGAGCACAGAGAAAGGAGACGCAGGCCAAGGACUCCUCCCUUUUCGGAGAGUGAGAAGCGAUUCCACCACAAUGACCCAGGAACAAAACCGAGAGGAGUGAAAGAAGCUGUCUCCACGCCAUCGCGAGUGACUCACAGGGAUCAGGAGUGGUAUGAUGCAGAAAUCGCCAGAAAGCUGCAAGAAGAAGAACUCCUGGCUACCCAGGUGGACAUGAGAGCAGCUCAAGUAGCCCAGGAUGAGGAAAUUGCUCGACUGCUGAUGGCUGAGGAGAAGAAAGCUUACAAGAAAUCCAAGGACCGGGAGAAAUCAUCUUUAGACAAAAGGAAGUACGACACCGAGUGCAAGCCUAAAGCAGCUAAAUCAGCCCACCCAAAGUCAAAAGAGAGUGUUGAACCUCACCGUUUUAGGAGUGACAGGCCAGCACGGCCUCCACCCCCUGCCAUGACAGAUGCUGAGGAUUUGGAGUACACUCAUUUUGCAAACCAGCAUAAUUCCACACGUCAUUUCUCAAAAUCAGAAUCCUCUCAUAAAGCCUCUGAAAUCCCUGUAGGCUAUAACUUCAGCUCUUGUAAACUGAUUUCUGAAGCCAAAUGCCUGAUUUCAGAAAUCACUGUUUUAUCACUUGCUCUCAAAGUUGCCCUUCGCACAGCACAAGUUGUUCUUGCUCAUGACUUCAUGGAGGAAAAUGAGAAAUGUGGUGCUGGUGACUUUCCUGCAACUUGGGAGCUUGAGGUCGACAUCACCGAUCUUCAGCACCCUUCAGUGCUCAUGCCUCCUUUCCUUGCCAGUUACACAUCUGAAUCAAUUCAUCUAUGCAAGCUUGAAAUGACUCAUGCAGCUGUAGAUGCAGACAAGUUCCAAGUCCAUGGACCAGAUGUCAGGUUAGAGGCUUCUCCUGACUCAGUAGCUUCGGGGGCUGGUGAACCCAAGAUGUUUGGCAGGUCAGAUGGCAGGCUUCUGACAGCAGAAGCAAUUGAAUCAAAGGUCUGCAUGUAA